AUGCCCUCCCUCGAGCAUCAUACCCUCUCCACGACCCACCUCGCCCUCUCCCUCCUCCCCUACGGUCUGACCUUCUCUUCCCUCCUCGUCAAAGUUCCCGGCGAAUCCUCCUCGACCUCGACCGUUUCCGAGGAACGCGACGUGCUCAUCGGCCCUCGUGACUUGAACGAUCAUGUGCGAAGUCGAGUUUUUUUGAAUCAGACUGUGGGGAGGUACGCGAACAGGUUACCUAGUGGACGCGUGGAGGUGGACGGGUAUGAGGGUUUGGUAUUGGAUUUGGAGAGGACGGAGGGGAAGGGUGAGUUGCGCUUAGGAGUUUAGUCGACAGUCAACGGAAGGGAGUGGUCGGGUUUGAGAGGGAAGAGGGUGGCGAUUAUACUCAUAAUCGAGCCUUCUUUCAACUAACUCGAAACAGACGUCUGCCUCCACGGCGGCCGCACUGGAAUCGAUAAAGUCGACUGGGACCUCGUCGCCUCUCCCUCGAAUUAGAAACUCUUCACCGAGAAGGAACCCUCCUCAAGCUCCACUAUAUACCGUCACCUCUCUCCGGACGGAGCAGAUGGCUUCCCCGGCAAUCUCUUGAUCGAGGCGUUCGUAGCUUUAUCGGAACCGAACGAGCGGGAAGGAGGUGCUGCAGGUCGGUUGGAGGUGGUGUUGAGGGCGAAGAUUGUGGAGGGGGGAGAGGGGAUGAAAGUGGAUGCUACGCCGGUCAAUUUGACGAUCCAUUGGGGAUUCGGUGGAUUCGAUGGAAGGGAAGAAAAGGAUGUGAAGGAAUACGACUUGUGGAUCGCUGUAAGUCUUUCCUUUCUAGCGUUUGGCGAGCUAGUUCAGGUCGGGAAAAUUUUGCAGACUGAUCAUUUUCCUCGGUUCUUCCUGGAAAGGGUGACCGAACGCCCGAAUUGCACCCCAAUAUGCUCCCGACCGGAAAAAUCCUUCAACUGAGUAAAGAAGACCCUCUCAACUUCUCGACCUCUCGCAAGAUCGGAGCCAAUUUCCCCGAGAAUGGCAUAGGUCAGUCCUCUUCACCACCUCUCAAUCGGCCUCCUCUUAAACCUGACCACCCCUUUGCCAUCUUGAAAACCAGACCAUAACCUUCUAUUCACCUCAGCCUCUCCCGCAACCCCCCAAGUCACCCUCAUCUCCCCCGAUGGUCGUCUAGGCCUCGAAUUCCGCACGAAUCAAAGUUCGGUGCAAUGUUAUACCGCCGCGGGGUUCAAUGGUGUUUCACCGGUUAAGAAGGAGUUGCAUGAUCGGAAGGGGGAGGGGAGGGGUUAUGAUCAAUUCGGUGAGUGUUCUUGUUCUUUCCUCGAGCUCCAAAUUGAGGCAUCGAGCCUGCUGAGUGUUCGUUCUCGCUUCCACACACUAGGGGCGACGUUCUUGGAGUUUCAUCAACCGAUCGCGACGUUCUUGCAUCAGGAACUGAAGGAGAUCGUUGGGGGUGAUACGGUGUUGAGACGUGGGGAGGCGUAUGAGAAUUGGUGCGAGGUGACGAUUAGGACCAAGUAG